GCGAUUGGCUGAUGCGCAUCUAUCCAGGAAUGACGGACCACCGGAGGCUGGGUUUGGAGAGGGUAUAAAGGCCACCAUCGGAUUUUCUCCGACAUCAUUGCUGCUGUCUUUGGGAUCUAGACUCUGUGCUGCUUUGGGAUUGGCUGCUGCUCACAAUGACAACCGCUCUGGAGAAGGCACUGGCUACCAUCGUCAUCACGUUCCACAAGUAUUCUGGGAAGGAAGGCGAUAAGUUCAAACUCAACAAGAAUGAAUUGAAGGAGCUUCUGAUGAAGGAGCUUCCUGCAUUCAGUAGCAAACGAAUGGACCCCACAGAAUUCCAGAAGAUCAUGAGUGACCUGGACCACAACAAAGACAACGAGGUCGACUUCCAGGAGUUCACCUGCUUCUUGGCGUGUGUGUCCAUGGGGUUUGACGAGUUCUUCCGGAGCUGCCCCAAACUCCCACUCCCCGGGAAAUAA